AUGGCUUGCGGAAGAAAGAGAUGGGGAGGCGGCUCUGGGAGACCUAACGUUGCCAUGGCUUGUUGGAGAAUGCGAUAUAGAGGUGGUCGUGGGAGAUAUCACGCUGCUAUGUUUGUGGGAGAUGGUGAAAUAGCUGGUCCAAAUGCAACAUUGGAGAAAGUGAUGACGAACCAAAUAAUCGAAAAAAUCGAAGGUUUCUUGAAAUCAAGUCACGAGGCUCUUCAAAUGGGUUCAAAAGAAGUUGAAGAUUUGAUAGAAGCUUCAUCAGGUGCCCAUUUUUCUGGAUUUCACUUAGAUAAUGCAGAGCCAGGUAUUUCACAAGUGGAGCAAACAAAUACCUCUACAACAGAAAAUAUCAAGCAACCCUUCGUGAUUGGAGUUGCCGGAGGUGCAGCAUCUGGGAAGACUACAGUUUGUGAUAUGAUUAUUCAGCAGCUACAUGAUCAGCGUGUUGUACUUGUUAACCAGGACUCCUUUUAUCACAGUUUGAAUCCAGAUGAACUUAAAAGAGUUCAUGAAUACAACUUUGAUCAUCCUGAUGCAUUUGACACCGAGCAAUUAUUGCAUAUUAUGGAAAAACUGAAGCAUUUCCAAGCUGUAGAUAUUCCAAAAUAUGACCGCAAGAGUUAUAAAAAUGAUGUCUUCCCUGCUCGAAGGGUAAAUCCCUCGGAUGUUAUUAUUUUGGAAGGUAUACUGAUUUUUCAUGAUCCACGUGUUCGAGAUUUGAUGAAUAUGAAGAUAUUUGUUGAUACAGAUGCUGAUGUUCGCCUGGCAAGGAGGAUAAGGCGUGACACAGUUGAAAAGGGUAGAGAUAUUGGUACGGUUCUCGAUCAGUACUCAAAAUUUGUGAAGCCUGCUUUUGAUGAUUUCAUACUUCCAACAAAAAAAUACGCCGAUAUUAUCAUUCCUCGGGGAGGAGACAAUCAUGUUGCUAUUGAUUUGAUAGUGCAACAUAUUCGGACUAAACUUGGUCAACACGAUCUUUGUAAAAUAUAUCCUAAUCUGUACGUCAUUCAAUCAACUUUCCAGAUACGUGGCAUGCACACGCUAAUACGUGAUUCUCAGACAACAAAACACGAUUUUGUCUUUUAUUCUGAUAGGUUGAUCCGCUUGGUUGUUGAACAUGGACUUGGACAUCUGCCAUUUACAGAAAAGCAGGUGAUCACUCCAACUGGAUCUGUAUACACUGGAGUAGACUUUUGUAAAAGGUUAUGUGGCGUCUCUGUAAUUAGAAGUGGUGAAAGCAUGGAAAAUGCCCUGCGAGCAUGUUGUAAAGGUAUCAAGAUUGGCAAAAUUCUAAUUCAUAGAGAAGGUGACAACGGUCAGCAGCUGAUUUACGAAAAACUGCCAAACGACAUCUCAGAUAGACAUGUAUUGUUAUUAGAUCCUAUCUUGGGCACAGGGAAUUCUGCAGUCCAAGCCAUUUCUUUACUUAUAAAGAAGGGAGUACCCGAGUCGAAUAUCAUAUUCCUUAAUCUUAUUUCUGCGCCUCAAGGAGUACAUGUAGUCUGCAAGCAUUUCCCCAGAAUAAAGAUUGUGACAUCUGAGAUCGAAAUUGGUUUGAAUGAAGAUUAUCGUGUUAUCCCUGGCAUUGGCGAGUUUGGUGACAGAUACUUUGGCACUGAUGAUGAAUGA